GCGCCCUGCGAGGGCAAGGCGUCCACCUCGCCUUAGGUGGGUGUCUAAGGCGUCCGCCUUAAGCUAUAAGGCGUCUGAGGCGUCUGCCUAGGCGUCCGAGGCGUUGCCUUAGUCCAUUUUGGACGCCUUAGCUUGCCAGGCAGGCAGGGGAGCUGUUUUAGGCGGGAAACUGGAAUCAUGUUGGCGCCAAUAGGUAAGAGGGGAGAAAGAGAGAGAGAGAAACAGCCCCCAAUCCACACACUCCUCCCCCUCCUUCUCUUCAGUGGCUCCUCUCCAGCAGCUCCUCCCCCUCCUCUCCAACGGUUCCUCCUCUCCAGCAGCUCCUCCUCUUCCUCCUGUCCAGCAGCUCCUCCUCCUCUUCCUCCUGUCCAGCAACUCCUCCUCAUCCUCCUGUCCAGCAGCUCCUCCUCUGCAGUACAGCAACAACAAGCAAGAGCAACAGUAAGGUAUUAGAAGUGUAGCACCAUGGAUGGAAAUGCAGCAGCUGAUGGGGGUGAGCCCACCUACGAUCCAAUGAAAGAUCCAACAAGGAAGCCACAACGGUCAAAUGAUCCGGGAUGGCACUAUGGAUAUUGGUCUGAGCCUCCAAAUCGGGAUCUUGUUGUGUGCGCUCUUUGUGGCAAGAUAACUUCUGGAGGGAUCAAGAGGCAUAAAGAGCAUCUUGCGGGCGUCGGUGGAGAUGCAAUUGGUUGUCCUAAGGCCACCACACAAUUGAGGAGAGAAAUGGGAACAUAUUUGGAGCAAAAUAGGAGGAUCAAGGGAGUAGUUGAUGUAGAUGAUGUUCAGGAGGUUGUGGAGGUGAGUUCAGUUGGAGCAAACAUCGCCUCUAAAAGGCCAAGCUCAGGGACAACAGCCAAACAGAAUAAGAAAGCGUUUAUCACCAACAUGCAAGGUAAAAAGAAGUCUGUUUCUGUUGUGUCUGCCGCCAAUAGUUCCAAGCCAAUUGUUGCCAUGCUACGAAGACCACCCGAGGAUCUUAUAGAUGAAAGACGCUCUGGGUGUUCUCAAAGCACCAUGGAGUCCAGCACGAAGACUCCAGAAGAGAGGCAGUAUGUCAAUAUGCAGUGGGCAUUGUUCUUUUAGGAGUGUGGCAUUCCAUUCAACGCUGCAAGUAGUAGGCAGUUUGAGGUUGCAAUUGAAGCCUCUUGUCAAUAUGGGUCAGGUUACAAGCCUCCUAGUGCACAUGAGCUGAGAGAGAAAUUGCUUAAUGAUUGUGUGAAGGAAACAGGACUUUUGAGGAGGCAACACGAGGCAGCAUGGAAAAAAUAUGGAUGCACACUCAUGUCGGAUGGCUGGUCGGAUAAAAGAGGACGCCAUUUGAUUAACUUCCUUGUUAAUAGUCCAGAGGGCACUUUCUUCUUGGAGUCGGUUGAUGCCUCAAGUGUAUGUCAAGAUGGUGAUAUGAUAGCUGAUUUGCUUGAGAAGAGAAUUCUGGAUGUUGGAAAAGAGAAUGUGGUACAAGUUAUCACCGAUAAUGGUGCUAAUUACAAGAAAGCUGGCCACCUUCUAAUGGAGAGGAUGCCUACUCUAUAUUGGAGCCCGUGUGCAUGUCAUUGCUUGGACCUAAUGUUGGAAGAUAUAGGAAAGUUGAAGGCAUUUAAGAAGCCUAUUGCAGGGGCUAGACGUGUCACAACUUUCAUCUAUAGACAUGGAAGACUUCUUAGUCUAAUGAGGAAGGCCACGGGUGGGGAUCUUGUGAGACCAGCAGCCACUCGUUUUGCCACAGCCAUCCUCACACUUAGGAGUUUGGUCAAGAACAAGGCUGCAUUGAGGAGUUUAUUUACAUCUGAAGAAUGGGUUGGAAACAAGUUAGCAAAAACACAAGUUGGCUUGAAUGUGCAAGAGAUUAUACUUUCAACGGAGUGGUGGAGCGCAAUUGAGGACUGCCUUAGAGCUUCAACUCCACUUCUUAGAGUUCUUAGAGUAGCAGAUGGUGAUGAGAAGCCUGCCAUGCCAGAGAUUAAAGCACUUAUGAUUUAUGCAAAGGAGAGGAUCAAUCUAGGUUUCCCUCAACGAAACAAGCAACCAUUGCUCAAGAAGAUCUUGGCCAUUGUUGAUAAGCGUUGGGAGAAUCAAAUGGAUCAUCCAUUGUAUGGGGCUGCUCUAUUUUUGAACCCAGGAAAGUUCUUUCCUAUUGUAAGCAGAAAUGAUGAUGCCUUAGUUGGGGAGCUUAGGAGCUGCUUUAAUGAUGUGCUUGCAAAAAUGGUACCGGAUGCCAAUGUUCGAAAAAAGAUUGAUCAACAAUCUGUGCUCUAUGAGCAACAGCGAGAAAGCUUUUCUAAUCCAUUGGCACUCGAGACCAUGAGCACAAGAAACCCUCUUGAUUGGUGGAGUUCAUUUGGUGGUCGGGCCAUUGACCUACAAAGGUUUGCAAAGCGCAUUGUUAGUCUUUGUGCUUCAUCAUCUGGUUGUGAGAGGAAUUGGAGCAUGUUUGAAUUUAUCCAUACAAAGAAAAGGAACAGAUUACAAUGGAAAAGGUUGAAUGAUCUUGUCUUUGUUUCAUACAACCGGAAGAAUAUGCAACGGUUUCAAAAGAGGCGUGGGAAGGUGGGCGAGAAUAGCUUUGAGGCUUUGGUCAUUGAGUAUUUUGAUUGGGGCAAUGAGUGGGUGGACCCAUCACUAUCACAACCUCAAGGUGCUCGAGGUUGUCCUGAAGACAAUCAAGACAUUACAUGGGAGGAUGUUGAUGUGGCUAUUGGUGCAUCUUCAAACCUUCGAGGCCGCAAUCUGCAUAGGACAGCAACUACACUUCGUAGGGGCCAGACAAAUGUCCGUCUGCACUACGCACGCAAGAGACCUACUACAACACGACCUAUAAUUCCUGAAGAAGAUGAGGUAGAGGAGGACUUGGAGCAAGAGCAACACUCAAGUAUGCCCAAUGCGGAGGGGGAGGAUUCAGACUACGUUGAGGAUGAUGAUGAUGUGAGCAAUGACGAUCAAGAGCCAACUAAUGUUGACCAAGAUGGUGAAGACAACACCAAUGCCAAUGAGUUUGAUGAUGAUGACUUUUGAUUGAGACUUUGAGAGUGGAGAGACAUGAGAGAGCUGAGCUGGCCACCUUUAUCCCUUUUGCUAUGCUGGAAUUAUCUAUUAUUCUAUUUGUCUUAUGUGGAAUUAUCUAUUAUUCUGUUUGUCUUAUGUGGACCAUUGCAGAUUGCAGUUGCACUCAUACUUGCUAUCUUUCUUUCCACUUUUGUUUGCUGCCUCACUUUUAUUUCUAUUUUUUGUGGAAUGUGCACUGGUAAGUGAUACAUUAUUCUAACAUAUUUGUUCAUGACUUCAUGUUGAUGCAGAAUUCUAUUGGGGAGAAAAGC